AUGGCGAAGCUUUUCCGACCUCAACCAAAACAGCUCAGAUUCGAAAAUGGAGAGGUUUUGUUUGACGGAAAGAUUGGAAUUUUUCCUUUCACAAAACAAGUUCCAGCCAAGAGAAAAAGCAAAAAUAGAAGUGCAAGAACUAUAGAGACUAAGCCUAUCGAAAGCAUAACAAAGGCUGUGACGAAGGAAAUCUUGAUCAAUAAGAUCAUACCAGCAAUAAUUGAAAAAUGGCCAGAAGGUGCAAGUAAGUGCAUAUAUAUCCAACAAGACAAUGCAAAGCCACACAUUCUGGACGAUGAUCCUGAUUUUAGGGCUGCUGCAAAUCAAAAUGGUUUCACUAUGAAACUUGUGCAGCAACCUCCAAACUCACCCGACACUAAUGUGAAUGAUUUAGGAUGGUUUAGAGCAAUACAAUCACUACAAUUGCAGACUGCAUGCAAGACACUUGAUGAUUUGGUUAAGGCGGUUGAGAAAUCAUUUGAGGACCUGUCUGCUGUAACAUUAGACAAUGUGUUUCUAUCACUACAAGGUUGCAUGGUUGAGAUCAUGAAGGCUAGAGGACAUAACAGCUACAAACUUCCCCAUAUGGGAAAGGAAGCUUUAAGAAGAGUAGCACAACUCCCUCAUAACUUAGAAGUCCCAAAGGAGCUUGCCAUUGAAUGCAUUUCAUAUUUGAAAGACCAUGGAUGCAUUGAUGGACUUGAAAUGAUUGCCAGAGCUUUGGGUAUUGAAGUUUAA